GAGACCUACAAUACGUAAUUUGUCGUAGAACACAUCACACACAGCAUGUCUUUCAAGAAUAAAGUGGUCGUGAUAACUGGUGGCAGCGCCGGCAUCGGAGCUACCACAGCCGUACGAUUCGCCAAAGAAGGAGCCAAUAUUGCCAUCGUAGGAAGAAACGAAGCAAGGCUUCGAGAAGUUUGUCAAAAAUGUGAAAAAUUUGGAGUGAAAACACUCGCUAUCAAAGCUGACAUGUCUAAAGAUGAAGAAGUGAAGACAAUUGUUCAAAAAGUAAUUGAAAAAUUUGGAAAAUUAGAUGUCCUAGUGAACAAUGCUGCUAUAUACAAAAAUGCUACGCUUGCAAGUCCUGACUUACUCCAAAUUUACGAUCAGGUACUGACUGUAAAUCUUAGAGCAGUGAUCCACUUGACGAGUCUAGCUGCACCCCACUUGGUUUCAACAAAAGGGAAUAUUAUCAACAUAUCCAGUGUGCUUGGUAAGACGUGCCUUCAGAACCCUUUAUUCAUGGUGUACGGUGCUUCCAAGGCAGCUCUGGACCUGUUCACCAAAAGUGCGGCCUUAGAACUUGGAGCUUCAGGAGUCCGUGUGAAUACCGUGGUUCCUGGACCAGUGAGCACUGAAAUGCUGGCAAGUAUAGACAAGGAGAAAACAGAAGAUGAUUAUAAGAGUAUCACGUUACUGGACAGAGUAUCGGACCCUGAGGAAAUAGCUGAUGUGAUCAAGUUCCUAGCAAGUGAUCAAGCGAAAGGAAUCACAGGUGGAUACUACACGGUAGAUAACGGUAUUCUCGUCAAAUUUUAAUCGAAUUUUAUUGUUACUGCAAAAAUCGAGUCAGUGUUUUUGGACAAUUAAGUGGUAAUUAAUUUAACAUUAAGUGAUUGAUCUAUGAAAUUAACUUGUUAAUGUCAGUUUGCAUUUUUUACAUACUCACGUAUUUAAUUUUGUUUAACAAGUCUUGUGUAUACAACUAGUAAAAAACAUUUUGAACUC